GUCAUUUGAAAAACAGGUUUCAUUUCAGUUUCUGGGCUGUUUUUCCAGAUUCAAGUACAGAACAAGAAACUCACAAGCGUCCUCAGUUUUCAUGGUGUUUUUCUGCUUGUCCUACAGGAGUGAAUGGGUGAAGAGUGAUGGCGUCUGUUUCAGAACAGAUUUUGGAUGCUCUGGAUGAUCUAGACACAGAAAAACUGAAGAGAUUUAAAUGGCACUUAAAGAAUUAUAAAGGCUUUUCAGCUGCUGAUCUGGAGAAGGCAGACGCUCCUGACACAGUGGAUCUGAUGAUGAAGCGUUUCGGACCACAAAAAGCUGUGAAGAUCACGGUGAACAUCCUGAGGAAGAUGAACCACAACCAUCUGGCUGAAGAGUUAGAGAAGAAACACAAGCAAGAUCAGGUUGAGGGCAGUAUUGAGGAUCCUGCACUUGCUGGAGCUGAAUUAAAACCAGCUGGGGGUAAAUACUGAUUACUGUCUGUACCGGGAAACCACAAAUUUGGGUUUAUUCUUAUUUUAAUCAUAUGGACUCCUUGUGUAGA